AUGUAUCUUUACAACAAAUUAAUAAUUUAUUACAAAAUAGAAAUUAUGUUUAAUGGUAUUAAAAAGUCACCUAAAGAACUUGCUAAUGAAAAAGAAUUAGCCAGAAAUGAAUGUUUAAAAUCUUUCUACCAAUUUUUAAGUGUUGGUGUUCUUCUUGAAUGUGCUGCAUUUUUUGGAACAAAAUUUGGAUAUGACUGCUUAAUGAAUUAA